CAAUCAAUUCUUCGGAAACUGAACCAUGAACAAUUGUAAUCUUUACCUUCGAAUUGUUGUUUCAUCAUUUCUUCUUUCUUCUUUCUUGCUGGAAGCUGUCCAUGGAAGUAAAAGGUGUUACAUUGUAUACAUGGGAGCACAUUCUCAUGGCCCAAGCCCUACCUCUUUUGAUAUGGAAGCUGCCACAAAUUCUCACUUUGAUUUACUAGCUUCAGUUUUGGGAAGCAAUGAGAAAGCGAAAGAAGUGAUGAUAUACUCAUACAAUAAGCACAUCAAUGGGUUCUCCGCGCUACUUGAAGAGGAAGAAGCAGCACUUAUUGCCAUAAAACCAAAUGUAGUGUCGGUGUUCUUGAGCAAGGAGCAUAAACUUCACACAACAAGGUCAUGGGAAUUUCUUGGACUUCGGAGAAAUGCUAAGAACACUGCAUGGCAAAAGGGUAGAUUUGGUGAAAAUACAAUCAUCGCUAACAUUGACACUGGGGUAUGGCCGGAAUCGAGAAGCUUCAGUGACAAAGGAUAUGGCUCUGUCCCCUCAAAAUGGCGUGGGGGUAAUGUUUGUCAAAUAGACAGCCUCCCUGGCUCUAGAAAAAAUCCUUGCAACAGGAAGCUUAUUGGAGCAAGAUACUUCAGCAAUGCUUAUGAAGCGAGUGUUGGGGAGCUGAACCCAAAGUUGCAUACAGCGCGUGAUUUCGAAGGCCACGGUACCCACACACUAUCAACCGCCGGUGGUAAUUUCGUGCCCGGUGCACACGUAUUUGCGGUUGGAAACGGCACUGCAAAGGGAGGAUCCCCAAGAGCAAGAGUUGCAGCUUAUAAGGUUUGUUGGUCCAUAACCGAUCCUGCCAGUUGCCAUGAAGCUGAUGUGCUGGCAGCAAUAGACCAAGCCAUAGCCGACGGCGUCGAUAUCAUCUCCCUCUCCGCCGGCGGCCGCCAAGUUGUCAGCCCAGAAGAUAUAUUCACUGAUGCUGUCUCCCUUGGAGCCUUCCAUGCAAUUUCUGCUAAUAUUUUGUUAGUUGCUUCUGCUGGGAAUGAUGGCCCAACUCCUGCAACUGUUGUCAAUGGAGCUCCAUGGAUAUUCACCGUUGCUGCUAGCACCCUCGAUAGAGAUUUCAGCAGUACCAUUACCCUUGAUAACGGUCAACAAAUCACGGGAGGGAGUCUUUCUGUAAUGUUACAAUCUAACCAAGCCUUUUCUUUGAUCUCUUCUACCGAUGCUAAACAUGCCAAUGCCACAAUUCGAGAUGCUCAACUUUGUAAGGCAGGAACACUUGACCCUGCAAAAGUUAAAGGCAAAGUGGUGAAUUGCCUUAGAGGAGGGAAUAUAAAAUCCGUUGGUGAGGGUUUGGAAGCUUAUUCGGCAGGUGCAAUGGGAAUGUUGUUGCAAAAUCAAAAGAAACAGGGGAAAACACUUACCAAUGAGGCUCAUAUGUUGACUACUGUGGACUAUGCACCACCACCUCCACCUCCACCUACCUCUUCUCAACCACUACGCAAGCCCAAUUAUGAUCUCAUAACUACUACAGCUCUAAGCCCGCCGACCCCGCCCACCACAGUAAGGCUCUCUCAAGCCAAAACAGUGAUUGGAAGGAAACCAGCUCCAGUUAUGGCUUCCUACUCCUCUAGAGGACCCAAUAAGAUUCAACCAUCAAUACUCAAGCCUGAUGUGACUGCACCUGGAGUAAACAUACUUGCUGCCUAUUCACUCUUCGCAAGUGCCUCUGGCCUCUUAGUGGAUACUCGUCGUGGCUUUCAAUUUAAUGUGCUGCAAGGAACUUCUAUGUCUUGCCCUCAUGUUUCUGGUAUUGCUGCACUUGUCAAAACUCUUCAUCCUAAUUGGAGUCCCGCAGCCAUUAAAUCCGCAAUCAUGACUACUGCAACCACACUUGACAACAUGAACAAGCCAAUUCAAGAUGCGUUUGACAAUGAGUUAGCAACGCCUUUUGCUUAUGGCUCAGGACAUGUUCAACCUAACCUUGCAGUUGACCCUGGACUUGUUUAUGAUCUACACCUUAACGAUUAUUUGAACUUCUUAUGUGCUUCAGGAUACGACCAACAAGCUGUUUCAGCACUUAAUUUCAACAACACUUUUGUUUGUAAAGGAACUCACAGUAUAAAUGACUUAAACUACCCUUCAAUCACAUUGCCAGAUCUUAAAUUGAGUGCGGUAACGGUUACGCGUACACUCACCAAUGUGGGGCCCCCUGGAACAUACAAUGCAAGUGCCAGAUUGGAUGGAUACAAAAUUAAUGUUGUUCCCAGUUCCUUAACUUUUACAAAAAUUAAUGAAAAGAAGACAUAUAAGGUGAUUGUGCAGGCAUCAAGUGUGAGUCAACUUUAUAAAUAUCAAUUUGGUGAAGUGAUUUGGACAGAUGGAAAGCAUAGAGUUAGAAGUCCAAUUGCAGUCCAACGCCGCAAGUGAACAAAUCUUCUUAGAAUUGGGUGUGCUUUUGUAAUGAUAAUAAUAAUGGCUGCGUUGGAACACAUCAUUACUACUUCACCUUUCUUUGUUUAAUUUGUGUGUUUUUUUUUUUUUUUUU